UUAAUGCUGCCCGUUGAUUGGGAAAAUAGAUAUGUACAUGUAUACAUGUAGUCUCAUCAGUGUACAGCUGUGAAUCAGAGGAACUCAGUAGUGGUACAUCCUCUAUCUCCCCGCUCCGUGUCAGCCAGAUUUAUGUCACUAAUUUGUGAAGUGUUUCUAUGUAAUCCUGUUUGAUUUUGAGCGAUUUAUAUGUUUUCCUACUCGAUAUUCUGCCUUUAGCCUAAGUUCUGUGGCUUGGUACUCAGACCACUGAGCUAGCAGUGGGCUUAUAUUGAUUUGAAGUUUUGUAUUUGCCGAGAAUAACUGGUAUAAAAGCCGUGUAUUAUAAUUUGUAAACAUAUUUACGUUAACAUGGCGUCUUCUCUGGACCAACUAAGGGAACUAACUACGGUAGUGGCGGACACUGGGGAUUUCGCAGCCAUGGCCAAAUUUAAACCAACAGAUGCCACAACUAACCCCUCCCUUAUUUUGGCUGCUGCUAACAUGGAAGCCUAUCAAGGACUCAUCACAGAUGCCAUUGACUACGCCAAGGGUGUGGGAGGGUCAAUUGAUGAACAAGUUACAAAUGCAAUGGAUAAAGUUUAUGUAAACUUUGGAUGCGAAAUUCUAAAAAUCAUCCCUGGUCGCGUGUCAACAGAAGUUGAUGCAAGGUUGUCCUUUGAUAAAGAGGGAUCCAUUACUAGGGCUAAGAAGCUGAUUGAUCUGUAUAAACAGGCAGGAAUACCCAAGGAGAGAAUUCUCAUCAAGUUGUCGUCAACAUGGGAGGGGGUGGAGGCUGCAAGAGUGUUGGAGAGUGAAUAUGGCAUCCAUUGUAAUAUGACCUUACUUUUCAAUUUUUAUCAGGCAGUGGCCUGUGCAGAAGCAGGGGUGACAUUGAUUUCUCCAUUUGUGGGAAGAAUUUUCGACUGGUUUGUCAAGAACACAGAUCAAAAGACCUACAGUAUGCUUGAUGAUCCUGGGGUUAAAAGUGUGACGAAGAUUUACAAUUAUUACAAGAAAUACGGCUACAACACGGUAGUUAUGGGCGCUUCCUUCAGAAACACAGACCAGAUUCUGGGACUGGCCGGAUGUGACCUCCUUACCAUCUCACCUUCAUUGCUGGAUAAAUUACAACAGACAACGACAGAAGUCAAGGCUUGUCUAACGCAGAAACAAGCUCAGAACUUGGACAUUGAAGAGGUGACUGUAAAUGAGAAUAAGUUCAGGUGGGAAAUGAACGAGGACCCCAUGGCAACAGAGAAGUUAGCAGAAGGCAUCAGGAAGUUUGGAGCAGACGCCAUCAAACUUGAAAAUGUGCUGAGGGACAAAUUGCUGCAGUAAUUCAGGGGGAGAUCUCAAAAUUCAAAUGCCCAUGCCAUUUUACCAUACCUAUUGUGAUUUUAAACUGUUAUUAAGUGAACCAUUGAUUGAUUGUUAGUGUGAUGUGAAUAACCUAAUGGUAACUAUUGUCUCUAUGAAUUACACAUUUUUUUCAUGAUUAUCAUAAAUAUUCAUGUAUACAAUUUAAGAGCUAUUUAGUGUUGUUUUUUUUUUUAGAUUUUGAUUUCUAUUUAUACAGAUGAUGAAAUAUAACAGACACUACAUAUGAAUAUGUUUGUCGAAACAAUAAAAAAAAAAUGAUUACAAUUGUUUUGUACCAUGUAUUACACUGUAUGAUAUAUUUUAAAGUAUAUAAUCAUAUCAUAUAUAGGAAAAUUCUAGUAAAUUGUAUAUUUUGAA